CGGGCACGAGAACAAACAGAAUUCAGCUAUAUUUUAUAAAAUCCACACAUCAUGUUCAACGGUUUACCAACCUUGAUGAAAUACCCAGACCGAUCGCCCUUUCUGUGCGGUCCCAGCGGAUUUACUUUCGACAAUUGUCUGCGCAACAAACAACUAAAAGAGAAUGGCCUUGUGGAGCCGAAAAGCUUUGCCACUGGCACCACUGUGGUGGGUAUCGUGUUCGACGGCGGAGUGAUCAUAGGCGCCGACUCCAAGGCGGCCAUCGGUGGCAUGAUUUUAUCGAAGACAAUCCGAAAAAUUGUCGAGCUGCAGUCCAACAUUUUUGCUGCGGGAGCUGGAACCGCCCGGGAUACGAAUGCCCUGGUGGAACUGACGCGGGCGCAACUGGAGCUGCACCGGAUGAACACUGGGUUCCGCAAAGUGCCGGUGUGCUGUGCCAACCAGAUGAUACGGCAGCUGCUGUUCCGCUACAACAGGAACAUAGAUGCCGACAUGAUCAUAGGCGGCGCGGAUAGCAGCGGAGCGCAUCUCUUCUGCACCCGCAGCGAUGGCUCCACGGAUACGGCGCCCUUUGCGUCCCUCGGCUCCGGCUACCUGGUAUCCAUGUCCAUCCUGGAGUCACGGUGGUCGGAGGACCUCUCCGAGGAGUCCGCCUGCGCUCUGGCGUGCGACGCCGUGGCCGCGGGCAUGAAGAACGACCUGUCCUCCGGCGGCCAGGUCAGCCUAUGCGUCGUGCGCUGCGACUUCUCGGUGCAAUGGCUCGAUCAACUCCCCCGCCAGGUCACACCAGCUCACACCUACCGCCUGGCACCCAAGGCCGGCUGCACCACCAUUCUGUCCACCAUGGUGCAUCCGGUGCUUCCGUGGCGGGGCGCCUCAGCUCUGUGCGAGCCAGGAGGCAGCCAGGAGCCAGGGCCAGGGCCAGGCACUAGUGGUGCCUCCAGAGGGCAGGAGGUACGGCGCAGGUCAAACAGUCUGGACGAGCCGGAGGCCAAAAGGAAGAAGCGCGGAGGGAGAUAGGACCCGGCUUGGGUGAUCCUCAAUAUCCUUACCACAUUUAAUUUUGUUGAUUGGUCGUAAGAGCUUGUUGCGUUAUGUUGUGCCAAUUAUACAUGUUUGGUUUCGAGCACGACAUUCCACCAGGAGGAAGAGAGCUCUGUUAUCCGGAUUUUUGAAAGGAUAUUUGUACGUAGAUGGAUUACUCGGAAAAUACGUUGCCGGCUAAAAUGGCUUAAUGUUCAACAAUUUAUUUGUGAAGUCCCCAGUUGGAUUCCUUAUAAUUAAACCUUUUAAACCUGUUAGUAUUGAAUUAUAAGUAAAAAUUUUGCGUUAUGAAUUAAAGUUUCC